CGGCGGCGGCGCAGGAGGAUGUACUUGGUGCCGGGGGUGAGGGGGCUGGCCGGCUGCGGGCACCUCCUGGUCUCGCUGCUCGGGCUGCUGCUGCUGCUGGCGCGCUCCGGCACCCGGGCGCUGGUCUGCCUGCCCUGCGACGAGUCCAAGUGCGAAGACCCCAAGAGCUGCCCCGGGAGCAUCGUGCAGGGCGUCUGCGGCUGCUGCUACAUGUGCGCCCGCCAGAGGAACGAGAGCUGCGGCGGCGCCUUCGGGCUUCACGGAGCCUGCGACCGGGGGCUGCGCUGUGUCAUCCGCCCCCCGCUCAAUGGCGACUCCAUCACCGAGUACGAAGUGGGAGUGUGCGAAGAUGAGAACUGGGAUGAUGACCAGCUGCUUGGUUUUGAACCAUGCAAUGAAAACCUUGUCUCUGGCUGUAAUAUAAUCAACGGGAAAUGUGAGUGCGACACUAUUCGGACCUGCAACAAUCCCUUUGAGUUUCCAAGGAAGGAUAUGUGCCUUUCAGCGUUAAAGAGAAUUGAAGAAGAGAAGCCAGAUUGCUCCAAGGCCCGCUGUGAAGUCCAGUUCUCUCCGCGUUGCCCCGAAGAUUCGGUUCUGAUCGAGGGCUAUGCCCCCCCUGGGGAGUGCUGCCCCUUGCCCAGCCGCUGCGUGUGCGACCCUGCAGGCUGCCUGCGCAAAGUGUGCCAGCGGGGAUUCCUGAACAUACUAGUGUCCAAAGCCUCAGGGAAGCCGGGAGAGUGCUGUGACCUCUAUGAGUGCAAACCAGUUUUCAGUGUGGACUGCAGCACCGUGGAGUGCCCCUCCGUGCAGCAGGCCGUGUGCCCCCUGGACAGCUACGAAACUCAAGUCAGGCUCACCGCGGAUGGUUGCUGCACCCUGCCCACAAGAUGCGAGUGUCUCUCUGGCUUAUGUGGUUUCCCGGUGUGUGAGGCGGGAUCCACUCCCCGCAUAGUCUCCCGUGGAGAUGGGACACCUGGAAAGUGCUGUGAUGUCUUUGAAUGUGUUAAUGAAACAAAGCCAACCUGUGUGUUCAACAACGUGGAAUACAAUGACGGGGACAUGUUCCGAAUGGACAACUGCCGGUUCUGCCGAUGUCACGGAGGUGUUUCCAUCUGCUUCACUGCCCAAUGCGGCGAGCUGAACUGUGAGCGCUACUACAUGCCCGAAGGGGAGUGCUGCCCCGUGUGUGAAGAUCCAGUGUAUCCUUUCAACAACCCCGCGGGCUGCUAUGCCAAUGGCCAGAUCCGCGCCCACGGGGACCGGUGGCGGGAAGACGACUGCACCUUCUGCCAGUGCAUCGGUGGCGAGCCCCACUGUGUGGCAACCGCCUGCGGACAGAGCUGCAUGAACCCCGUGAAGGUGCCUGGAGAGUGUUGCCCUGUGUGUGAAGAACCAUCCUACAUCACAAUUGACCCACCUGCAUGUGGGCAGUUGUCAAACUGCACCCUGACAGAGAAGGACUGCAUUUACGGUUUCAGACUGGAUCACAAUGGUUGUCGAACCUGUCAGUGCAAAAACAGAGAGGAGCUGUGCGCCAGCCUCAAGCGGGGCUGUGCCUUGGACUGCCCCCUGGGGUUCCUGACUGAUGCCCACGGCUGUGAGCUCUGCCAGUGCCGCCCGCGGCCCAAGAAGUGCAGACCCAUAAUGUGUGACAAGCACUGUCCGUUUGGAUUCCUGAAGAAUAAGCAUGGCUGUGAUGUCUGUCGCUGUAAGAAGUGUCCAGAGCUCCCGUGCAGUAAAAUCUGCCCCAUGGGUUUCCAGGAGGACAGCCAUGGUUGCCUGAUGUGCAAGUGCAGAGAGGCCGCUGCUUCCGCCGGGCCGCCUGUCCCGUCAGGCCUGUGUCUGUCCGAGGACGGCCGUCACCACCAGAACGCGGAGAGUUGGCAUGACGGGUGCCGGGAGUGCUACUGUCACAAUGGACGGGAAAUGUGUGCUCUGAUCACCUGCCCGGUGCCUGCCUGUGGCAACCCCACCAUCCCUGCAGGGCAGUGCUGCCCAUCGUGUCCAGAUGACUUUGUGGUGCAGAAGCCAGAGCUCAGCACUCCGUCCAUUUGCCACGCCCCUGGAGGAGAAUACUUUGUGGAGGGAGAAACAUGGAACAUGGACUCCUGCACUCAGUGCACCUGCCACAGUGGGCGGGUGCUGUGUGAGACAGAGGUGUGCCCGCCGCUGCUCUGCCAGAGCCCCCUGCGUACCCAGGACUCCUGCUGCCCACAGUGUCCAGAUGAACCUGUCCAGCCUUCCUCAUCCCAUAAUGAGAGCGUGCCUAGUUACUGCAAAAGUGAUGAAGGGGAUAUAUACCUCGCAGCUGAGUCCUGGAAGCCUGACGUUUGUACCAGCUGCGUGUGCAUGGAUAGCGUAAUUAGCUGUUACUCUGAGUCUUGCCCUUCAGUAUCCUGUGAAAGACCUGUUUUGAGAAAAGGCCAGUGUUGUCCCUACUGCAUAGAAGACACAGUUCCAAAGAGGGUGGUGUGCCACUUCAGCGGCAAGGCCUACGCCGACGAGGAGCGCUGGGACCUCGACAGCUGCACGCAUUGCUACUGCCUGCAGGGCCAGACCCUCUGCUCCACCGUCAGCUGCCCGCCUCUGCCCUGUGUCGAGCCCAUCAACGUGGAAGGAAGUUGCUGCCCAAUGUGUCCAGAAAUGUAUGUCCCAGAACCAACCAACAUACCCAUCGAGAAGACAAAUCAUCGUGAAGUUGACCUGGAGGGCCCCAUGUGGCCCACACCUGGGGAAAAUGACAUAGCUCAUCUCCCUAGAGAUAUGGGUCACCUCCAGGUAGAUUACAGAGAUAACAACAGGCUGCAUCCAGGCGAAGAUUCUUCACUGUAUUCCAUUGCCUCGGUCGUGGUCCCCAUAAUAAUAGGCCUGUCUAUCAUCAUAGCAUUCCUAUUCAUCAAUCAGAAGAAACAGUGGAUACCACUGCUUUGUUGGUAUCGAACACCAACUAAGCCUUCUUCCUUAAAUAACCAGCUGGUAUCUGUGGACUGCAAGAAAGGAGCCAGAGUCCAGGUGGACAGUUCCCAGAGAAUGCUACGGAUUGCCGAACCAGAUGCUAGAUUCAGCGGCUUCUACAGCAUGCAAAAACAGAACCACCUACAGGCAGACAACUUCUACCAAACAGUGUGAAGAGAGGCAACGCAGAUGAGGUUUGAAAAGACAGAAAAUGACUAAAUCUGCUCUUAAAAGUAAACUAGAAUUUGUGCACUUGCUUAGUGGAUUGUGACUUGAUGUACAGCGCUGAGAUUUUACUGGGAUGGGCUCUGUCGCCGGCAGUGUGCAGGACACGCAUUCCCACUUUUCCUCAAGAUAACUGACCAAGUGUUUUCUUAGAACCAAAGUUUUUAAAGUUGCUAAGACAUAUUUGCUUGUAAUAUAGCUGUAGAGAUAUUUGGGGGUGGGGACAGUGAGUUUGGUUGGGGCAAUGGGGAGGAGGGGUGGUGUGGGGAAGACAAAUUGGUCAGCUUGGUUCAGGGAGAAACCCAGUAAAAUUAAAGCGACUCAAUAGCCCAAAGGAUAUUGUUUCCUGCUUGUUGGCUGAAGACUGCACGGGUUGCUACAAAAGCUCAGGCCUGAAAGAGCAGGAAACAAAGGCCUAGAGAUCAAGCUGCCGUGACCACCUUAGAGCCACCAGACAAGCGCAUCAGAACCUCUUGAUAGCCAUCCCAGGUCUAAAGCCACACGUUUCUUUACUAUAUCCAGUCACAACUGCAGUAGGUGGUGAGGAGGCCAGAGAAUGUGGUAGCAGCAUCUCUCUAAAGCGGGUUGCUAAGGAUAUACACAUUUAUACCUUUUGCUGCUUUAGUUUCCUUCCAAGCCAAUCAGCCAGUUCCUAGCAGAGUCAGCGAAUGAACAAGACUAAGGCAUUUCUUGGUGUGAGCACUGGAGCUUUUCUCACAACAGCGGGCAGGAGGGUGAAGGACACCAGGCAUCCCCAGGGGCUACUUCAUUGUUGGUUGUUGCUUUGUCCUGUUAUAUUGUUGGUUGUUCAUAGUUUUUGUUGAAGCUCUAGCUUAAAAAGAAACUUUUUAAAAAAGACUGUUUGGGAUUUUUUUUCCUCAUUAUAUACUGAUUCUACAAAAUAGAAACUACUUCAUUUUAAUUGUAUAUUAUUAAAGCACCUUUGUUGAAGCUCAAAAAAAUAUGCCUCUUUAAACUUUAGCAAUUAUAGGAAUAUUUAUGUAACUAUGCUUCAAAAAAAAAACAAAAGUAUUUGUGUGCAUGUGUAUAUAAUAUAUAUGCAUAUAUAUUUAUACACAUACAAUUUAUGUUUUCCUGUUGAAUGUAUUUUUAUGAGAUUUUAACCAGAACAAAGACAAACAGGCAUUCCAUAUCAAUGCUUUCAAUCACUUACAAAUUUUUGAAUAAUACAAAUUUCAUUCUACGUGCAGUUAAAUUGGGAAGAUGUGUGAGAGUAUCCUUGUGUGUGUUUCUGUGUACACACACACCUUGGUCAGCCAGCAUCACACCUGCUACAAGAAGAUAUUCUUUUACUAAAAUAUUCCUCAUUUGGUUUUGGUUGGUUUUCAAUUUGUUCACUGGCCAGAGAUAUGAUAGCAGUUUUUCUGCAUCACUAAUCAGCUCCUGGAUUUUUUUUUUUCUCUUUCAAACAACUGUUUGAAACAACUACUGGAAUAUUGUCCAUAAUAAGCUGGAAGUUUGUUGUAGUUUGCCUCAAAUAUAACUGACUGUAUACUAUAGUGUUAACUUUUCAAACAGCUCUUAGCACUUUUAUACUAACUACCCAUUUGUGCAUUGAUUUCUUUUAAAAAUGCUUGUUGUGAAAGACACAGAUACCCAGUAUGCUUAAUGUGAAAAGAAAAUGUGUUCUGUUUUGUAAAGGAACUUUCAAGUAUUGUUGUAAAUACUUGGACAGAGGUUGCUGAACUUUAAAAAAAAUUAAUUUAUUAUUAUAAUGACCUAAUUUAUUAAUCUGAAGAUUAGCCAUUUUUUGUCUUAGAAUAUCAAAAAGAAAAGGAAAAGGUGUUCUAGCUGUUUGCAUCAAAGAAAAAAAGAUUUAUUAUCAAGGGGCAAUAUUUUUAUCUAUUUCCAAAAUAAAUUUGUUAAUGAUAUGCUACCAAAAUAGACUUACAUCAGCCUGAUUAGUAUAAAAUUUUGUUGACAAUUAAUCCAUUACUGGCAUAAAAAAAAUCUUUAUCAAAAAAUUGUAAAUGCUUGCUUUUUGUUUUUUCCAAUCAUGGCCAUAUUAUGAAAAUACUAACAGGAUAUAGGACAAGGUGUAAAUUUUUUUUUUAUUAUUUUAAAGAUAUGAUUUAUCCUGAGUGCUGUAUCUAUUACUCUUUUACUUUGGUUCCUGUUGUGCUCUUGUAAAAGAAAAAUAUAAUUUCCUGAAGAAUAAAAUAGAUAUAUGGCACUUGGAGUGCA